AUGUCUCAGUACUAUCCUCCACCGCCAGAGAGCGGUUACCCCGCCCAGGCCCAGCAACAUUAUCCUCCUCCUCCAACGCAGCAACAGCACGCCUACGCGCCGCCUCCACAGUCUGGUACCCCACAGCAGAACUAUCCUCCUCCACCUACGCAGCAGUAUCCGCCUCCAGGCCAGGCGCCGGGACAUGUUGGUUCGCCUCCGCCCGUGCAUGGCUAUAGCUCGCCGCCUCCUGCGCAACCAGUACCUCAGGCUGCUCCCCCGCAACAAUCGCCGGGCCACCCACCCCAAGGUGGGCAAACGUCGUUCAGCUCCCAUGCGAGCGCAGACGACGUCGGCACGUUCAACGGUGGCGCGUACAGAAUAUCGCACCGCGACACAAACUCCAUCCUUACCAUCCAGCUCGCCAUGGGCUGCCCUAUUCAUGCCAAGCCUGGGGCUAUGAUCGCCAUGUCCCCCACCAUUACCAUGAAGGGUGAGAUCAAGUUUUCCGUGAAGAAGCUGAUCGCAGGAGGCCACAUGGCCAUGUCAAGCUUCACCGGCCCAGGAGAACUGUUGCUUGCACCCCCCACGCUCGGCGAUAUCGCUGCCAUCCAGCUCUCCGGUAAGGAAACAUGGAGCGUGGGCAAGGACGCAUUUUUAGCGUGUACGGAGCGAGUGACCAAGGAUUACAAAGCCCAGAAGUUCAGUCAGGCCAUGUUCAGCGGGGAAGGGCUCUUCACGUACAAGAUCAGUGGUACGGGGAUCCUUUGGGUCGACUCGUUGGGUGCAAUUAUCAGGAAAGACCUCCAAGCCAACGAAAAAUAUAUCGUGGACAACGGGCAUCUCGUUGCGUGGAACUGUGACUACAAGCUGGAACGUGUCGCGUCCGGGGGCAUCAUCAGCAACAUAGCUGGCGGCGAAGGUCUUGUCUGCAAGUUCACGGGACCUGGCAGCAUUUACAUCCAAACGAGAAAUGCGACUGCUUUCGCUGCUUUCAUCACUGGAAAUGCAGCGGCCGGUGCCUAG